AUGAUACUGCAGCUCAUCUCCCUGGUGCUCUUGGCCGCUCUCCUCGUGGCUGUCCUUGUCAAAGGCUCUGACGUUCCUACCUCCCAGGAGCAGGAGCAGGAGCAGGAGCAGGUAAAGCAACGCAUCCACCAGGAACUGGACCAACUGAAGGCUGGACUAGACAGCCUGUGCCGUCCCUGCCCCUGGGACUGGACUCUCUUCCAAGGAAACUGUUACUUCUUCUCCAAGUUCCCACAGAACUGGAAGGAAUCUGUCACCGCCUGCCAGGAAGUGGGGGCCCAACUUGUUGUCAUCAAGAGUCAUGAGGAGCAGAGCUUCCUGCAGCAGACCUCUAAGAAGAUAGGCUAUACCUGGAUGGGGUUGUCGGACAGAAAGCAGGAAGGGAAAUGGAUGUGGUUGGAUGGUUCACCACUGAAAUGGAGCCAAUAUUGGUCUCGAGGGGAGCCCAACAAUAUUUACGAUGAAGACUGUGCAGAGUUUUCAGAUAAUGGAUGGAAUGAUAACUCAUGCUACUUAGAGAAAUUGUGGAUCUGCAAGAAGCCUACAUCUUCCUGCUCUAGGUGAAAUCUGCCCACCUCCAUGACCAUCGUUUGUCCAACUUAUUUAUCACUUAGUCAAACUUGAAGUACAUUCAUUUCAGUUCCUUCUGCCUUUCUGUGGA